CGUCAGGCCCAGGCUUCAAUAUGGCCAAUUGGACACCUGCGAGCGGGGGAAAAUUGGAUUAUGGUCCAGUAGAUUAGCGUAGCUCCAUUGAAUUCGUAGAUCCGGCCAGCAAACACCUGGUCGCUCUACCUGUUCUGUGCUGCUGUGCUGUACACCUCAGGCACGCAUGCCAAUCCCACCCCUCCUUCGUCAACUUCCGUCGUCAUACUGUGUACUCACCCAGCCGCCCCCCUUCCCCUCUUCUCUCCCCAAUUCGUCACCCUCCGCUCCCGGUGCCUCGAUCUCUUUAUUAACUGAGACCCUGCCGCCCUCCUUGCCUUCCCCUCUCUUCUUCUCUCCUCAUUCUUCCUUCAUACCCAUUUAUCCAAUCCAUCUCCAAUUGGCUUGUACAGCUUCAAUUCCUUGCACUCUGCUCCUUACACUCCUCCCAUCCUAACCAAUUCAUCACAAUCACAACCACCCAACAUGGCUACCAAGAACUCCGCCAUCUCUGACGAGCCCGUUGACGUCCUCUUCUGCCUUCACCCCAAGUUUGAUCUCCUCGACUUUGCCGGUCCCCUUGAGGCCUUCACCACAGCCUCCCACGAUUUUAAGGAUGCAGACAACACAAAGGCUUUUGAAGUCACCAUUGCUGGAGCCGAGCCCAAGGUUCUCUCUUCCCAGGGUGCCAUCAUUGGCUCGCAAAUCUCCUUCAAGGAAGCACAUGAGCGCCUAGACGACUUCGACAUUGUUGUCAUUCUCGGUGGCAACUCCGCCGAAAUCAUCAAGAGCGGCGAUGAGCCUCUCCCUCUCAUCCGCGCCUAUGCAGAGCUCCAAAAGAAGGAUCCCGCUCGUGAGCGCACCAUCUUUUCUGUCUGCACUGGAUCCCUCUUCCUCGCCAAAGAGGGCAUCCUCUCUGGCCUCUCUGCCACCACCCAUCCCGACUACCUUACCACCUUUGAGAACCUCUGCAGUGAGGCCGCUACUCUCAACCUUCAAGAGCGCACCGACGUUGUCGAAGACGAGCGCUACGUCGUCAACAACCUUCGCUUUGACCUGGGCGAUGAGGACGAGAACCCAUACAUUCGAAGCAAGGUGGAUACUGGACGACGUCCCUCCAACGCUCGCAAGGGCAGCAUGUCUUUCAAGGGCUCUGGACGCCGUGAAUCCAUUGCCCGUCGCGCUGCAAUGCGUUUAGGAGGACUUCGGGUCAUUACGGCUGGGGGAAACAGCGCUGGCGUAGAUGCGACUUUGUAUCUCGUCAGCGCUCUGGUCGAUGACGACUGUGCGGUGGAGGUGGCCAGGCAGAUGCAGUGGACCUGGAACAAGGGCAUCGUCGUUGACGGACUCGACGUUUAAGCUCUGUGGCUGCAAUUGAGUGCCACGUGUACGGCUUGCGAGGUCUGAGAUGCUGCUCAUCCCAGCCUCGACUUUCUAUGUGCUGUUGUGUUUUUACUAUUCUGAAUUUUGCCAAUCCGUCGCUAUCUAUUGCUAGGCAGAAGCUAUGUACCAAUCCAAUAAAUGAAGUGAAAUGAAGCCAAUUCCAAAGCUUUG